AAAACACCAGUAGUACGGUACGAAUUUAAGAUAGGUAGGUACCCGUACCAGUACUCGUGCUCCAGGUACUUUGUUUUGUUGUCUCUGUCACAGAAUCAUCAUCAGCAGCAGCAGCAUCGUUCUCAAUAGAAUAAUAAUUCCGGAGGACUACUAUCGCAAACCAUUGUCUCAUUCGGCAAAAGGACCGCUCACACCGCACGCUACACAUACUUCAUAGGAGAUUGUACCGACGACAAUACACACCAUCACACACCACACCACGAAACCCUUCCACACCACACAUAGAACACUACACCACGCCACCAUGUCCCGUCUCGCAGCCCUCGCGACCACCGUGGUGCUGGCGCUGUUCGCGCCACACGUAUCCGAGGCCCUGAGCCCCGUCCGACCCGCUUCCGCAGCGUCCCGAGCGAGCUUUUCUUCUCCCACGGAGCUGCGCAUGGGGGGCCGGACCAACCAGCAGCGGCGGGAGGACCGCAAGCGCUACCAAAAGAACAACAAGAUGCUGGACUUUAUCGACAAGGAGGUCACCCCCGAGGAGCUGGUCGGCGACCUGGAGGAGAUCAGCGCGGACCCCGGGGACGACGAGCUCGCAUCGCUGGUCAACUGCAUCGUCGCGGCCGCCGACGGCCGCAAGGCCGACAACAUCGUGGCCAUCCGCGUCAGCAAGGUAUCGACGAUCACCUCCUUUGUGGUCAUCUGCACCGGUAACUCCCGGCCCCAGAACCAGGCCAUCGCCUCGAUCGUCCGGGACGAGGUACGGGACAACUUCGACAUGCUGCCAGGGGCCACCGGCGUCCCGGAGGGGAGCGCCGACAGCGGGUGGACCAUCCUGGACUACGGGAGCGUCAUGGUGCACGUCAUGACGCCCCGGUCGCGCCUCUUUUACAACGUCGAGGGCAAGUGGAAGGACCAGGGCGGGGAGUACAUGGACAUUUCGGCGGCGAUCCUGCCGAACGCCGUGCCCCAGGAGGAGGAGGCCUCGGAAGAAAAGGGGGGCACAAUGGAGGGCCUGUCGGAGGAGGAAGAUCCCUUCUGGUCGUAGAGAACCACACCGCGAGAGCGUGCUUUGGGCACGCUGGGUGUGCCACCGAGCGAGGAAGGUCCGGGAGCUUUCGGGGCGGAACAACGAUUUGGCACUCCGCCCUGCCGUCCUAACGAAAUUCUACUAUUCUAAAAACCGUG